UGGCAAAAGAGAGCGUGACUCGUUCGUGCGACUCCGAGAUCCGAAGCCCCGUGGUCUACGUCGAGGAGCGGCUCUUUCUGGGCUUGAACUUCAUCGCGGCACUGGAGCGCUUCCCUCCCGCCCUCCCGGAGUCUCGGCUGGGCUUCGGCUUUGCGAGCGAGGCACCGGUGCUGCUUGCUGCGCCGCAAUCACCGGGGGACAGCGACGGAGCCGGUGCAGUCCAUGCGCACGCGUGCUCUCGAACUCGGAGCUUGCCCAAGUGGUUCCUUUCGGAGGCGCAGCUGCAGGAGUCAAAGGGCGACGGCGCGUCCCUGCGGCCCGUGCGAGGCUUGCAGGGGUUGCUGCUGGAGGGCAUCUCAGAGGAGCGAACGAUCGAGGUGCCGUCGCCCUUUUUGGAGACUGUCGCCCGCACUUGUGCUGCCGGUGCUAUGGAGAAGGAGCUGGCGGAGCUGGGCAUCAGGAAAGAGGCCUUGGCCGCCAGCGCUGGUGCGCUGCGCUUCCUGGAGCUCAGGUUCCCGACAGUGCUUCAGGCACGACAGAGAGCACUAAUCCUCUACUUCUGCACGUUCAAUUUCGAGAUGCACAUGGCAGUGCCCUUGCUUGUCAGGCACCAGCUCUACGAUGCCGAUACGACCUACCGCGUCCUGAAGCUCUGGGACCUCUACGGGUUGGACUGGCCUCGCACCAGCAAGGCUGGGAUCUUCCUCUUGAGGGCCCAGAACGAUGUGAAGCCUUCCGAGGCCGUGGCCGUGAACGGCCUGAAGAUCCUGAAGCAGAGAAAGGUGGCGGAGUUUCGUGCAGACUGGCAAUCUGCUGAGGAAGAUCAGCGCAGGGCCGGCCUCGCACAGCUCCACGCGGAGAGAGAACUCCAAAGGCUGGAGCGGCUCAACAAGAAGAAGAGAAAUGCUGACGUUGAGGAAAUCAUGCAGCAGCUGUCUAUUGUGCCACAGCAAGAGCUGCUUGAUGCCCUCCAAUCCGGAAAGUUGCCGAGCGGCGUGGAUUCUCAGCUCGUGGAGGCCUGGAUCCUGGGCAACCGACUGAACUUCUCGGGCCGAGCCGUGGACAAGAAGCAGCUGGCGAAGGCUGCUGGCUGCAAGGGAGGCCCCAGGGACGAAGGAAAGGAGGAGAACACUACAUCGGUGAGCUGCGAUCCUGUCAAGAGCAGGCCUGCUGAGCUCCUGGAGUUUCAACACUGCAGCGAGAUUGAGAAACGAAGGCAGAGUGUCUUGCUGCAGCUCGGAGGCCCCGGCCCCGGCGCCCAUUCGUUCCGCCCGAGCCAAGCGAACUUGCUUCUGCGAGGUCGGCCAGGUCGGAACCGGAACCGAGUCUUUCGGCGGAUCUCCAAGCAGAGGUAG